UACUAUAUAACAAAUAAUUUGAGUAUGUCUUCUUCAAACAGCCACACAAUUCUUUUAGUGCAGCCUUCUCACAAACCUACUUCCAGAACAUACUGUGACUUUGAAACUCUAACAGAGGCUUUAGAAGGAGUUUGUAAGAUCUAUGAAGAGCAUCUCAAAGAGCUGAACCCCUCUUCCCUCUCCAUAACUUACGAUAUCAGUCAACUAUUCGAUUUCAUUGAUGAUCUCUCAGACAUGGCCUGUCUUAUAUUUAACAGAGACCAGAGAACUUAUGAACCUAAAGACAAAGAAUGGAUUAAAGAAAAGAUAUAUGCUCUACUGAGAAAGCAAGCUGGAAAAUAAUCACCCCAAAACCAGUACUUAAUAUUAAGUUAUUUGACCCGGAGUCUGAACUUACAAGAUCUUCCUGAACCACCUCGCUGAGGCAGAAUUUUUAUUGAUUGUUGAGACGUUUAUUUGAAGUUUUAGUCGGCUACCUUCUUGCUGAAUAUUUUCUGUGUCAAUCUUGAUAUUCAGAUUCGUUCCAAGGGUUAAAUUGAAUUAAAUAAAGCCAGCAGAAGAUUAUUGCCAUCAUUCCCCCUACAUUCUUCUUCUGAGUCUAACAAAGCUCAGUUUUCUACCAUCCUCCUUUGUAAAAUCAGGGUUACUUAAAUUAGCCGGAUAUUACAUUAUAAUGUUACAUGCUUGUAGUAGCAACGCUAAUCUUAUUACAAUUGUUGAUAUAAAAUCUAUAAAUUUUAAUCGUUCAGUUC